AUCCAACUGCCUACCUACCUACAGCGAGAUACUUACCUAGGUACCUACCUAUGUAGUACCUACUACUCUAAGUACCUACAGUAUGUACCUUGCUUAGGCAUACCGGUAGGUGGUAUUAGCAGGUACCGUACUGUACGGUACGCUAAGUACUCCACCACCGAGCGGUAAGUAAUGGUACCUGGCCCGCUACUUACAGUGCGGUUCCUACACUACCCGUUCCGUAGUGUACCCUAUCGUCCGCCGACCAUCCAUCCUUCCCAUAAUCCAUCUCUAUCUCUAUCUCCAUCUCCAUCUCCAUCGUCUUGUCUUCCUCCUACACCCCCAGUUGCAGUUCUCCUCAUCUUGUCGUUGUUGCUGUUGUCGCGCGCCAAUUCUCUUGCGUCAAUCGGCUUCAACAUCUCUCCUAGCAUCAACUGCUUCUCCCCAGUCGCCCUAAAUCUACCCCUACUUACGUGUAGGUCCUCCGUUGCCAUUCGUUGUGUUACGCUUCCUUUGCCUCGCUUCAGCAAAUAUCCCGCCUGUGCCUCUUGGAUCGCGCCUUUGAGAUCAACAACUACGCAGCCUACAGCAAUAGGCUAUCCUGAUGAGUUCCUCUUAGGGACAGGUCGAUGCACCGUCGAAUGUGAUCCUCUCGACGACUGCUCCUUGACUGUCUAACCCGCGGCCUACCCAGAUGCCGAGAAGUCCAUAAUUCUCGACUUCCUUUGCCCUCCCUCCCAAUCUAACUCCGCGCGCUUCGAAUAUUGCUAGCC